AUGCCCUGGCAAAAGACUUUCACUCUUCCCGAGCACACAAAGGGGAUGCACCUUGUGACCAAAGAAGUUGUCAAAGAAUGUGAGGCAGGCUUGAAGGGUGUCGAUAUCGGUAUAUUCACUUUGCAUUGUCUCCAUACUUCAGCUGGUUUGACCAUCAAUGAAAAUUGUGACUCCUCUGUGCGAACUGGUAUGUGGUGUCCCAUUGAGUGA